AUGGACUUGGGGUACCGGAACAUUCUGGCACCGGAUGGGCCACAUUAUUCACUCCCGCCGACCGACUUUCGGUCCCCCACACUACCCCGGCCACCGGCUGUUGAUUUCAUGCAGAGAAGCUCGGAAUCUUGCGAGAUGGAGAAGACCCCGCCUGUCACGGGCAAGCGCCGAGGUGGCAGCCGCAAAGCUUGCAAUGAGUGUAAGCAGCAAAAGCUGAGAUGUGAUAUUGUGCAAACCCCGGCGGCGGCUUGUUCACGCUGCCGCCGGCUAGGUAUUGACUGUAAAGUCGAGCAGUCUUUCAAGCGCAUCUCAAAAAGAAGGCGCAAUGCAGAAAUGGAAAAGGAGAUCGCAGAUCUUCGCCGCCGAUUAGGCCCUCACUCAGACCAUGAGCAGACAGGAGAGCUGCAUGAGCCCCAGGGAGCCGAUGCUAUGUCGCAUUGCUCAGAAGAUGUGUUCUCGCGCCGCGAAUCUACUGCCGUGGAUCAAUCGCGGCACGUCUCAGUGCCUGUGGAACCACAUCCAGCCAUAGCGACUCCCUUGACCAUGAAAAGAGAUGGCUCCAUCAUCUCACAGGAUGAGGGCUCAUGGAGGCUAGAGGAUAUAUCCCUCUCUCGAAACCGAGUCAUCCGACUAUACGAACAAUACUUCACCUAUUAUCACCCAUUUCUUCCUCUUUUGAAUCCCCCCAAGCCCCCAGAGGUGUAUCUGAAUCGUUGCCCACUUUUGGCGUGGACCAUUAUUUGUGUCGCCAGCCGACGCUCUCAGCAUGAGCCUGGGCUUCUCAGUGCACUAUCCGGACCGUUCAGCAGGCUGCUUUGGUCUACUAUCACCAGUGUCCCACAGGACUACCGGGUGGUCAAGGCUCUUUGUGUUCUAUGUACUUGGCCCUUGCCAACAACCAGCCAGCGUACCGAUGCAACCUUCAUGCUCAGUGGUUUGAUGAUGCAGAUUGCCAUGCAACUCGGACUACACCGACCGGUACAAGCGGAAGAGUUCACCACCUUCCGCAUGGAAGUGCAAGGCGAAGCUCUCAAAGACCGGCUCCAUACCUGGGUCAUAUGCAACGUCGUCGCGCAGAAUGUUGCGACCGGCUACGGUCAACCCCCAAGCACAAUGUACGAUUGGGCCUUGGAGCCUGCUUCGCUGAGAGACGCCGAUUAUCGACUUCCAGACGACUUGGCCAUUCGACUGCGAAUCGAAAAGUUCUGCGACAGAGUGACCAAGGCGUUGUAUAGUAGUAAACCAGAGCCCGCAGAGCUUUUCAGCGCCGAUAAGCUCGUAGUCGUGCAAAUCUUGGAACUUGAGUUACAAGAAAUGGAGGCCGACGUUGGCAGUGGCAUUUCUGGUCAGUUACUGGAAUCUCCUCCUGCCUUUCAUCUGACUUACACUCCUCCAGCGAUCAAUAUGAUCCAUCUCCGUGCUGCCGAGCUACAUUUCCGAUACUUUAUGUUUUUGGGCUCCAAUGCGCGAACAGAUGAUCUCAUGAAACUCUACACUGCAACCACGUCCUUCCUGGGCCGGGUUCUAGAUCUCGAAACUUCCCCAGGAGAACUCAUUGGUCAUUCUACCAACUACAUCCUUCAGAUGAUCGUCUCAGCCGCUUUCGCCCUCAUGAAAUUGCUGAGGAGCAGUUUCAGUCGUUUUAUCAAUUUCGACCAUGGCAAGCUACUGUUCAAUGGUGCAAUUUCAGCCAUUCGCCGCAUCAGUGUCAUGGAUCAUGACCGCCCCAUUCGCCUCGCGGACAUUCUUGCCCAGAUGUGGAAUGCGACCAAUACAGAACCCGCCGAGGAAGAUGCCUUACAGCUCAAGGUUCGCUGUCGGAUGAGCAUGAGCCAUGUCUACGACACUGUGUGGCGUUGGCGACAGCGGUUCCGACCCGUGAAAAGCCUGGAAGAAAUGCAAGCUGCCGCCAUCGCUGCCAAUCAAGACAUAAUUGGACCGUCAGGACACAUGAACCGGCCGCAAGAUAGCUCCCUGGAGGAUACAUCUUUGCUGAUGCCGGCUCAGUUUGACGAAGGCGGCGCUUUCUUCAGUGAGGCCGGCUUUUCGGAGGUCUUCGACUCUCUCAAUUGGGUCUUCGAUGGCAUCCCUGACUCUUUCGUUGCACCGCCAAUUUUAUAA